GUAGCUUCCUUAAUUAGUAUCUUCAUCUGACUUCGUAUAUUUCUAUUAUUAUACUCCAAUCCAUCCGUAUAUUUGUCUUACUAGCUAGCUAGCUCAUCUCCCUGCCGGCCGGCCGGCCAGUUUGAGAUUUCAUUUUCCGAUCGAGUUAAACUCCGGCCUGGCCUGGACAAUAUAUAAUGGUAAUCGAUCAAGACUUGCGCUUCUACGUUGGAAUUAUAGGAUUUAUCCCCUCCAUUUUCAUCUUCUUCUCCCCCGCGGAAGUAUUUUGGAGGAUAGUAAAGAAGAGAUGCACGGAAGAAUUUGAGAGCAUCCCCUAUAUCUCUGCAUUGCUGUGUUCAUCCCUUUGGUGUUACUAUGGCUUCACCAAACCCGGAGAGCUUAAGGUUUUUACCAUUAACGCCAUAGGCGUCUUUGUCGAGUCCAUUUACGUCUUCAUCUUCCUCAUCUUUGCUCCUCCAAAGAUCAAGCGGAAGACAGCCGGACUGGUCGGCUUCCUCAACAUAGGGUUUGUGGUAGCGGUGGUUUUGGUAACCAAGUUGGUCUUUCAAGGAGCUGCUUUGAUCAAUGCCAUAGGGUAUCUAUGUGUUGGAUUGAAUAUAAUCAUGUAUGCCUCCCCCUUGGCUGCAAUGAGGACUGUAAUGAGGACGAACAGCGUGGAGUUCAUGCCGUUUUACCUGUCAUUGUUCAUCUUUCUAAACGGUAGCGUUUGGACGUUAUAUGCUUUCCUAGACCACGACUGGUUUCUUGGGGUGCCAAAUGGGAUGGGCUUCAUAUUUGGAGCAGCAGAGUUAAUACUUUAUGCCAUUUACAGUAAGUUAGAAAAAGCAGCCAAACAUCCCACCACUGUUUUCGAAGACUACACACAAAAUGAGCCCCUUAUUCCACCUUCAAAUCACUAUGGAGUCGUUGUUCAAGUAUAGACUUGUAUUAUGGAUGUAAUACGAUGCCAGAAGUUCUGUCAAAAUAACAAAAAGUACAUGGAGUGUGCAAAUAUUGUUACCACGAGAAUUAUUGUUAUUGUUAAGUUCUGGUUCAAUCUGAU